UCACCAGACCGCGGUGCAGGCGAGAGUCACUCCACGUGAAGCUGAGGGGCACGCAGUGAGGGGUCAGGAUCUCCGUGCCGCCCCAGGGAACCCGGCCUGGACCCCAUUACCAGUCCCCACCUGGUCCCAGGGCAGGCUGUGUGACCUCGGGCAGGUCCUGCAACCUCUCUGGCUUCAACAUCCCCCUCUGUAGAAUGAGAACCACCUAGGUACCUACCCGAGGGCUGAUGUGACAACAAGUUAAGAUACUUAAAUUAUCAUCUGGAAGCCGGCCUGAGCUUAUACCGGGACGCUGCCCCAUCCCCAGCAAAGGAGGCAUCAGUGCCUCAGUUUCCCUCUCUGAAAAGAGGUGGGAUUAGUCUUCUGACUCCCACAAGGCCUGUCUUAAGACUCAGCUGCUUCCUAUGUAAUGACUGCCACUUAUUAAACACUUGCCGUGUGGCGGGCUCUGGAUGUGCCUGCUCCGAGCCUCAGUUUGCUCAUCUGCGAUACGGAGCUAAGAUGGAGGAAGAUUGGAAAGAGAGGACAAAGGGUUGAGCUGCCUGCAUGGCGCCCGGCCCGCACCCAGCUGGCUGUGCAGAGCAGGUCCCCUACGGUCCUGUCGUCACAGUGCUGGUAUUUAAAGCAUCUAGCUUUAAGGUCUGGGCACACAGCAGGUGCUCUUGGGAAUUAAAUGAACCUGGGCUCUCAUCCUGGCUCUGGGGACCUUGGCCACGUCACCUUCCCUUCCUGAGCCUUCGUUUGCCCAUCUGAAAAAUGGGCCCAGCGCCCGGAGAACUGAUGCAUCAGCCACCAGGAUGGUGAGUGUUGGUCCAAGUGUCCUUACCUUGGCGGGGUGGCAGCGUCCUCGCCCCCUGGCAGGUUGGCGGGCCUGUCUGCCCGCAGAUUGUGACACCCCUCCCCCCCACCUGUGACCUCACCCCUGGAGUGGCCAGUGGGAGCCCCGAGGGGUCUGUGAGGUCACCCCAUUCCGCUCCACAAAGAGUGCAUGGAGCUCCCACGAGGGACCCGGGGCGUUGGGAACCGAGGACCGUCCGAGCGCUGACCCUGGGAGGCCCAGACCAGGGGCAAAAGUCUCGUGGGCCUCAGGAGCGUCAUUCAGCAGUUCCGGGAGGCCCAGGAAGCCCACGGCCUGGCUUGGGCACCGUCCCCGCCGCCAGGCCACCAUGGUCCUCGGCUGGCUGUUGCUUCUGGUAAUGGCUCUGCCCCUGGGCACCACGGGCACCAAGGACUGCGUGUUCUGUGAGCUGACUGACUCUAAGCAGUGCCCGGGCAUCCACAUGCGCUGUGGCGACGAUGAGGAUUGCUUCACGGGCCACGGGGUGUCCCCGGGCCUCAGCCCUGUCCUCAACAAAGGCUGCCUGGUGUCCACGUCCUGCGGCCACGAGGAGCUGGUCACCUACAUGGGCGUCACCUACACGCUCACCUCCACCUGCUGCUACGGCCACAUGUGUAAUGGGGCCCCCAAUCCCGCAGGCAGCCAGAUGGAAGGGGUCGCCGCCGGCCUGGCACUGGGCAUGCUGCAGCUGCUCCCAUAUCUGCUGUGACCAACCCGAAGGGCAGGGCCCGGGACUGGUGUCCUGGCUCCGCUGCGCCCCGAGCCCCCCGCCUCCCCCCCUCCCCCCCAUUAAAUGGCCAGAGGCCCUCGACAACCUCAUGUAGCCCCGGCUUCCUCCAUUCCAGGGCUGUCCCCCCGGAGCCCAGGGCUCGGCGAAGCAUCCUCAGGCCUGACUCAGUGGUGGGGAGCCAAGCUCGGUGGGUUUGACUGGACCCCUCUACUGUAUUUCAUGGGUUCUAAGACGCAUAUCUUUUCACAUGUCUAUUAGGAUGCUUCUUUUCGUCGGUGGCACCUUAGAGUCGAUGAAAUAUGGUUAAAAUGAGCAAUGACGACAAUAAACGACAGCUAACGUUUACGGAGCGCUGCUUCUGUUACGUGCCAGGGCACCUUGAUCUCGCUGAACCCCCAAACAAAGCCGGGAGGGAUGGUAGACGCGCUCCAAGACAGCCCCAGUCUCCACGGUAGUGAUUCUCCCAAGUGUGGUCCCCGGACCGGCAGCACCGGCAUUGGCCGGGAGCUAGCUAGAAAUGCCAAUUCUCAGGCCCCAUCCCCAGCUGGCUGAGUGGGAGCAGUGGGGGGGGGGGGGGGUGGCGGAGGGGAGGCGCCCGAAAUCUGUGUUUUUAAGGAGUCCUCCAGGUGAUUCGGAUGCAGGCAAGCCCAAGAUUGAAAACCGCCAGUGGAGAGCGCUGGUAAUCCCCUGGGCACGUCCGCCCCCCACCCCCAGGGGACAGUUGGCAAUGUCUGGAGACACUUUUGGUUGUCCUAAUAGGGGAAGGGGGCGUUGCUCCUGACAUCAUACAGGGUGGAGAGACCAGAGAUUCGGUGCAGCCUCCUAAGAUGCCCAAAGAAGCCCCCCCAGCACAGAACCAUCCGGCCCCAAA